AUGAAAAAUGGUGUUUUAUGUGUGAAGGUCCUUGGGCAGUAUCGUGGAGUAUGUAAAGAUGAUCUAGUGGGCGGUCAAGACAGUUUUCAACUCCUCACAGCUUCCAGAGGCGAAGAUGGAAUUAAUGUUGUUACUUAUAGAAGAAAUUUAAUAUCUCCUGAUAAUGGUGAUAAGGAAUAUCCCUUGGACAGGGAGGCAUUUAUAGUUUGGGCCAUGGGAAGAUUGGACGCCGUCAAGGAACCAUCGUUUCACGAUUAUUAUCCAAAAGGCGACAUCAGCGUUCAAUUCAACUCCAAGGAAAAGAUAAACAAUUGUUUUAAAUUUACGAGAAGUGAUAACCGUUUCUUAGAACCAUGGGAACGACCAAAGAUAAUUGAUAAGUCUAUAAGAAGCUUUACAGCUACACUCGGACCAUCUGGGGGAAAACGAGGGUAUCAAGGAAUAACUGGGCAAACAUCAAGUGGCUUAGCUUGGUAUAUCAAUGGUAUGCUGGUUCCUGAAUUGUGGCUGAGGAGAGGAUUAACUUAUGUUUUUAAAGUAAGAGGUGGCAAUAAUCCUCAUUCUGCAGAACAUUAUCAUCCUCUAAUUAUCACAGACGAACCUCGUGGAGGUUUCGACAGAUUGACCGACACGGCGCAACAUCAAGUGAGAGUUUUGGCUGGUGUCGAGUACACGAGACGUGGAAGGCCUAAACCUACAGUAGCCGGGCCUUUGUGUUUGGCCCAACAUACUGGAAGGGCCGACAGAAGAAGGGACGAUGAUUUUCCAACAUUCAGAAGAUUUAACAGGACUUUAAAACAUGUUUGUGAAGAGGGUGAUCCAGUAGAAUUGGAAGUGACCCCAAAUUCUACCUGGCCCGACGUGGUUUACUACAACAGUUUUACCCACUCAAACAUGGGCUGGAAAAUUCAUAUUGUGGAUAAUUUUGGACGAAGUAAUUCGAAUUUAAUUAAAAUAGAUUUAUGUUUAAUUUUAUUAAUACUCACUAAGACUAUGUCGGCUGUAAUGUUGUAA